AUGUCGAAAUCACCGGGCCCAGCGAAAUCUCCACAAAAAAAUGUUGGAAAGGCGAAAAAUCGUAAGACGUUCAAAGAGAAAGGGAAAUCGACGAAAUUGAGAAGGAAAAAGAAAAAGAAAGACGACGAGGGUCCGAAAGUUCAAAAAUCCCGGACUUCAGAAGAAGUGAAAUUCAACCUGAAUAUCAAAGAACCAGAGGGAUCUCCAGUGGUCAGGGACAAGAGUAAAAUAGGAAAAGAAGGAACCAAAUCAACAUCGAAAACAACGUCUACAGCUUCUCCGGGUCCUGGAUUCUCACCGAUUCCAUCUCAAGAAAACGAAGCUCCAUUGUUUGCUGCCAACGAGAAACAGAUUGGAUCUUCACUAUAUGUCAGAUUGGAUUGA